AUAAAUACUACAGUUUUAUUUGCAAUCAGGUUAGUCUAUUAUCAGUUACAGAAGAUAAGAGUGCUCGUUUUAAGUGUUCGAAAAUGUUCGUAACGCAUCAUUUUUCUAUAGACGAAGUGAAUAAUUUAAUGAGUGAACAUUUUGUCAGGAUAUUUGGGAAUGUAGUGGAACAUUUUCCAGCUGCAGCUAUUGGGAUUUUGAAAUACCGGCCGUUUAACGAUAGCAAUGCUAUAGUAAAAGCGAUUUACGAUUUUUUGGAUUCCUUAAAAUGUCAAGAAAAAGAACAAAUUUUCCAACAAUACCCGGAUAUCUUCGAAAACGCCAUUUGUAACUACCCGUUAAUCGUAGAUAAAGAACCAGGCUACAUGAACAUUGCAGAAAAAAGGCGGCUACAAGAAUUGAAUCUUCGAUAUAAAGAAAAAUUCGGUUGCCCUUUUAUCACCACAAAAACUGAAAUAGACGAUGUAUAUUCAGAGCUUCUGUCUAGAAUAGAAAAUAAUAAAGACGACGAAAUGCAGAGAACGAUGAGGGAAGUUAAAGCAAUUGUGUACGAUAAAGUUCACGAAAUAGUACGUUAAUCGGUCAAUUUAUUGUAUUGAGUGAAAAUUGAAAAGAAAUUAUUUGAAUACUUGAAUGUCUUGAGUGAAAUUUUCCAUAUUAAACGAUGGGAAAACUAUCAAAUUACUACGUUAGACGCUUUCUAUAAUUAUUAGUCGCAGUAAUUUGGUUAUACGUUUUUUUUUUAAUCUAACAAUAGGCAAAUUUUGGAAGAUAUUGUACAAAAUAUUAUUAGAAUCAAAUAAUUAAGUUUCGUCAAUAGUUUGAAAAGGAAAAGAUACAUCAAUCAUAGUAUUGGAUAAUUUGAAAUGGGUAUGGGCAACUUUUGCUCAGCCCUGGGAGCAACUUCGACACUUAAUUAGUUCGGAGGUUGUAGGCAACGAAUAAGUAGAUAUUAGAGGCGAAAAAACUGCUCAUAUUUAUACGUGCUUCCAAAUCUGUCAAUUAUUUUCCGUGUGAAAGCUCUCACAAAUUUCAUUUGGGAAGGAUUUCUUGUUCUUCUAUGGUGCUAGAGCCCGCUGCGGGCUUUGAUCUCUCUAAGUUUUCUUGCAAAGUCUACAGCUGCCCUUUUCCAAUUGCGUAUAUACAAAAGCGAACAGAUUUCAACACAAAUUUCGUUAAAAACACCAGAUGAAAUAGACCAAGUCAUUUAUCAACUAACUGGAGUCAUACAAAAGGCCGCAAGGGCAGCAAUUCCAGAAAAUAGUGGCUCAGAAAGCACAAAUAAUAUUCCAUUGUAAUUAGACAGAAAACAGUCGAAAAAACACAGUUACUAAAAAAAUGAUAGAUUUCAAGAAGUGAAAACGACAAAUCCAAAUUAAACAAAGCCACGAGGAAUCUGGAGAAGCUGCUUGUAGAAAUCAAAAAUAAAUCAGCCAAGACUAUUCAGAUUCUUCAACUGCCACUGAAGCCACAGAUUAGUCCCUCUAGAAGGCGACAAAGAAAUUGAAAGACCGCAACAAUUUUACCCUCCAGUGGGAGAUAGCAAUAGAAAAUGGGCGAGGAAUGACAUAGAAAAGGCAACAGCUUUGUGCAAUUAUUUGAACCAAACUAAGCAGACGCCACUAUGGAUCAUAAAGAUAUUAAUGACUUUUUGGACACUCCUCUGCAAAUGGACUUACCGAUAAAAAACUUUAGUCUCAAGGAAAUAAAAAAUACAAUUAAGAACAACUUAAAUCCAAAGAAGGCACCGGGGUAUGAUCUUGUGAUUGGGAAAAUAUUACAAGAAUUUUCAAUUAAAGGUUUUAAAAUGCUACAACAGAUUUUCAAUGCAGUUUUAAGGACUGGUCACUCAACGGAAAGUUUCGCAGAUCAUCAUGAUACCAAAAAGUGGAAAAAAACCAGAAGAGUUAACAUCAUAUAGGCCAGUAAGCUUACUACCUAUAACUUCGAAGGUAUUUGAAAAGCUCCUUAUAACACGACCCCAGUUCUAGAGAACAAAAAACUUAUUCCAGAUCAUCAAUUUGGCUUUAGAUCAAAAUAAGGCACAAUAGAGCAGGUACAUAGAAUUGUUCACAAAGAAAAGAAAUCCUUCCUCUCAGCAGCUUUCUUAGACAUUAGUCAAGCGUAUUUAGAGGAAUAAUUGCGUCUUCUGCCACCUUCUUCGAGUUUUUCCAAUCAAAAUUUGAUUCAAAUACUUUUCCCAGAAUUAUCUGUUCAUUUAUUCGCACUAUAUGACCUGCCCAUCGCAAUUUCUGUAUUCUGACAAAUUCCCUGUAUUUUUGACAUAAUUUAUGAUUAUAUCUCACAUUACGAGCCAUUUUCCUGUCAAAUCUGCUAAUGUUUGUGUUAAGAUCCCUUUUCACAAGCGUACGUUAUUACAGAUCUUAGAAUGCUCUUGUAUAUUCUGUCUUUAUGAUGGCGUUUGAAAGUUGAACGUUCAUAUGGUGCAGCCAUCUGAGAAUAAAAUGAUGGUUUUAUUUCUAUCUGCGUGUUUUUCAAGGAACUUGACAAUUAUAGAAGCAAAUUCAGUUGCAUUUAAUCCUCCAUCAACCUCGCUCCGCAAAAAGCACCAGCCUUUGUUUGAUUUAUUAUUGUAGAUUGUAGAAUUAUGCACACGAAGUUAAGUUUUGUAAUACAUCGUUGAUACUUUUGAGAAUGGGGUCAGUAUUACAGAUUCCAGGUCCACUGUGCAUCCAUCAUCUAAAAGGUUCUUCAUUGUCUCUCUAGCCUUUUGUUUUUUCAUUAUAUGAAGGUCAUAUGUCUCUUUACUUACGUUUUUGUGCUUAUAAAUCCCGCACGAAUAGAUCCUUUUUUGGUCUAAAGCAGGGAUGGGGAAAAUACGGCCCACGGGCCGUCUCCGGCCCGAGCGCGGACUGGGAUAUGAGCGAAAACCGAAAAUGAAGCUCGAGUAGGUGCGUCUACCCAUUUGAAGCAACUAUUUUUGAACACCAGCAAAUUGGAAUUUUAUAAUCUCGGACACAAUACCCAAAUAUAGUUGCCCACGCCCAGAAAAUAAUGGCUAUGUUUGGUACAAGCUAUUUGUGCGAACAAACGUUUUCAAUAAUGAAACUAAGCAAAAAUUGUCUUCGUAAUAGGCUUUCGGGUGACCUCCUUUUUUCAUUGUUAGCAAUUCAGCAUCACAAAUGGAGCCGGCUUAUGAUAAAGUCAUACAGAAACAAAAACAGUUCCACAUGUCAUAUGUUGCCACAAAGACCAGCGCUUCUCAACCUUUUACUUCGCGGCUAACUUGAGUUCAAUUAAUUGCAAUGGAAAAUGUUAUUUUUUAAUAUUGCACAAUAAAUUAUUGUGCAGAAAAAUCAAAACAAUAUUUUUAUUUUACUAAAUAAUGUAGUGCUACUUGGACCACCAUAUAUUUCGUUAGCAAAAAUUGGCACGCGAAGAAAAAAGUUUCCCCAUCCUUGGUCUAAACAAUCCUAUGUUCAGCUCGGCGAAAACCUGAUUAUAUAAACAGAUGGACCCCUUUAAAUUUGAAUUUAACUCUUUCCAUAGAAGAGGUCGCUUUUGGUAGUAAAUGACUCCUCCAAGUACUCCUUGUUGGAUCUUGCCUGGCAGUAAUGUGAUGGAAGCUUGGGAAGGGUUUUCAAAAACGAAAUCAUGGUUUCAAAAGUGCUGCGCUUGAGGUUUCUCUUUCUCGUUAUGGGGCUUUCAGGUGGCUGAAUAUGGCAAACACUUUUCCCACAAGAUUUUAAAGUUGACGAUCUUAUAGAUAAAGUGUUAAGAAACAUCGUUUCCACACUCAUACAUGAGUAUUUGGCAAGAAAAAUUUAAAUGUCAUCUCUCUUUUUCUUGUUUUUAUGGCAUUAGUAGGCCUUCUACGCUGAGUCGAUGGGUUGAAGCAGCAUUUGUACAAAUAAUUUAUUAUCAAUCCACCCCAUUUUCCAAAAUCUCUUAAAAAUUAAACGCCACUUGUAUGUUUUCGGCAAACAGUUGCACCGUGAUUUCACUUUUUCUUUCUUCUCUUGGAAUUUUGUAAUUCCAUUUGCCGUCGGUUUUAUCUUUCCGCUUCCGUUCAUCAGCCUUGCCUUCUUCUCGCCUGCGCUUAUUUCACGUUCAGUCCACUCAUUCUUAUCAAUUAAGUGCCACUUCUUUCUGGUCUUUCUCCCAACUGUGUCAUCCACCUGAGCUUCUGGGUUAUUUCCAAUUUGCUUUACGGAAAAAAGUAUUUUGUAUUGUUUAAAAUGGAGAAAAUCUCUUGAAUCCAGUACAUUGCGCUACGCAAAUGUUUUAAAUCCAUAACCGGUACAAUACCGAUUUUGAAACCAUAAUUUAAUUGGUUUUACUGUUGAAACAUUAACUUUCUCCAACAAAUAAUCAAAAAUAACGUUUAAAAUUCCAUAAAUAUCCAGUAUAACUCAUAAAAUAAUAUAAAAAUAAUGAAUCACCUUGACUUGAAUAUUUUUCUGCCGGCAUUUUGCAUGUACACAGUUGGAUUUAAAAUAUUUGCGCCACCUGGUUAAGCGGUCAGGAUGUAGAACAUUUUCUUUCUUCACUACGGUGGCCCCGCAGUUUUUUUACUGGUUAUAAUUCCUUUGCCAUUCGAUGGCUUAUUUUUUUUAACACAAUGGUACUAAUAACUCAUUUUCGCAUUUUUUUUGGAUUUAAGAUAUUUGCAGAUUAAGGUAUCGAUAUGUCAUAAUUUUUCAACGUUUUUUCAAUAAUUUUUGUACGAUGACUCCUUUAUCUUUAUUGCCAAUAUUUUAUUAUGAAAAUAUUUAUAAAAAAGUCAAUAAAUAAAGAUAAAUUUUAUGUAUUGAGUGUUACUAUUAAGGAUUUUAUUGUAUAUGUAGUAGGUAUGUACUUAUUUAGAAUUUUAUUAUUUUUUUCAUUUUAGAAAAAGUAUUGUAAAUAAUCGUAUUUAAUAAAGUAUCAUUUGUAUAUAAA